AUGAAUGGAUUUCACCAUGCCACUCCAGACUCGGCGCAGAACAACGGGCAGUACUGUGUGUCCUUCUUGAACGACAAAGUGCGGCAUUGCAGAGUUUACCUCAACGAGCGUGGAGCCUACUACUUGACAACCAAUAGGCAUUCCUUCAACACUAUCGGUGAAUUGAUUGACUAUUACAAAUCGUCGUAUUUGACUCAUGCGGCUGGCGAAGAUGGUGUCCAGCCGACUCUGUUUAAA